AUGUCUGAAGUUGACAAGUCUCAGGGGCGGCCCCGAGAUCAAGCCCUCCAAACCUGCGCCGCUCCCGCUCGGAGCCUCGGAGCCUCCUCGGAGUUGGGCUUGGGCCGCUUGGGCUUGGGGUCCCGGCGGGGAGUCUCUGCGGCCAGGCCUGACGUGAGGUCCCGGAGAGUGGCCGAGCUGGCCGAGACCGCCGAGCGGGCUGAGCCGCGAGAAGGGUGGUGGCAGGGACGCCGCUCCCAGAAGGGGAGCGGUUGGGCCGCUACUCAGACGGAGAAGGAGGGCAAUACGCCACAGCACGUCGCCUGGAGGAGGCCCAGGCCAGCUGAAGCGAGAGAAGAUGCUCGCCUGGGAGGCCGAGGUGGUGAUCGGCGUUCUGGCGGCUAUGCGGGCUCCCGCUGCGGCGGCGCCGGCCGUUCGGGGCACGGAUGGAAGGAGGCUCCCAGUAAGGAGCCGAUGAUGAUAGUGGCCGCCUAUCGAGGUUACACCCGCGACUUCGAAUUAUGA